GUGGAAUCGCGAAAAGGCUUUUGGAAAAACCGAUCCUGUACACCUUCGCUUUGGGAUUUUCAUCACCAUCCGCCAGGUCAUCUGUUUCCGUCUGUUUCCAUCGAGCUGAGUGACGUCCGUCAGACCUGUCUGUCAAUAGUUCAACGAGGAAGUGUCGUCGCGGGCCGACUCUACCUAUGGCUAACUUGCAUGUCGUUUUCUGAUACUUGCAUAGAGUAAAAUAUAUGCAAUAUAUGAAGUAUUUUAGUCCCACAGCGAUGUUUAGAGUAAAACUGACGUUUAUUUGACUUUUAAGCCAUUUACGUUUGAUCACAAUCAUCUCUUCACGUGUUGAUACAGUAUCAGGAUGAAUGAAACUACUCUAAGAAUUCUGUCAGCGAGUUCAGAUAAAAACAUGGACAAUGUUCCUUUGCCUUCAUACUCCCUGCUGUCAAAUAACACAGACUUUUUGAACAAGACCGUGAUCAGGUCUGCUAAUGGAACUGAAGUUGUGGCAGACGACCAGAUCUUCCUUAGCACGGCCACAGCUCAAGCCCUAUCAGGCAUUUUUGUAUGGUCCGCGCUCAUCCUCACCUGUCAUCAGAUCUACUUGCACCUGAGGUCGUACACGGUGCCAAACGAGCAGCGCUACAUCAUCCGCAUCCUCUUCAUCGUCCCCAUCUAUGCCUUCGACUCAUGGCUCAGCCUGCUGUUCAUCACUAAUGACCAGUAUUAUGUGUAUUUCGACUCUGUUCGUGACUGCUAUGAAGCAUUUGUGAUAUACAACUUCUUGAGUCUGUCUUUUGAGUACCUUGGAGGAGAAAGUGCCAUCAUGUCCGAAAUAAGAGGAAAGCCCAUUCAGUCUAGUUGCCUGUAUGGCACAUGCUGUUUGGUAGGGAUGAGCUACUCUAUUGGCUUCCUGAGAUUCUGCAAGCAGGCCACACUUCAGUUCUGCGUCGUCAAACCCAUCAUGGCUGUCAUCACCAUCCUUCUGCAGGCGUUUGGCAAAUAUCACGAUGGAGAUUUUAAUGUAACAGGAGGUUACCUGUACAUCACCAUCAUCUACAACUUCUCUGUCAGUUUGGCUCUCUAUGCCCUCUUUCUCUUCUACUUCGCCACCAGUGACCUUCUGAGACCUUUUGAGCCUGUGCUCAAGUUCCUCACCAUCAAAUCAGUCAUCUUCCUCUCGUUUUGGCAAGGCAUGGUUUUGGCUAUUCUGGAACGCUGUGGUGUGAUCCCAGAAGCUCAGUUCAUUGAUGGUCAUGAGGUUGGUGCUGGAACAGUAGCAGCCGGCUGGCAGAACUUCAUCAUCUGCAUCGAAAUGUUCUUCGCCUCCAUCGCCCUCCGCUACGCCUUCACCUCCAGCGUGUACCGCGAGAAGAAAAACGAAGCACCAGAAAAUGUGGCACCUAUGCACAGCAUAUCCAGUGGCUUGAAGGAGACCAUUAACCCUGGAGACAUGGUUCAGGAUGCAAUCCACAACUUCUCUCCCGCUUACCAGCAGUACACCCAGCAGUCCACGCAGGAAGUGGUGCAGCCCAAUGCAAACGGCAAACCGGGAAUCAGCACCUCCAAGAGCACCAAAAAAUCAGACAAAGUGAUGCUGAUCGACACAGAUGAUGAGUUCUAGCUUGAAUCUGUCCUGUCCCUUCUAUUUAUUGAAUCUGAAACUAAUUUAACUCUUUCUAACUUUAAUACCAAUGCUAAUCAUGUAAAUCAGCUCAUGAUUUGUUUUUAUAUAUCUAUAUAUGAAGAGAUCUUAAAAAAGGGAUCUGAGCACACCAGGAAUGAAAGGAGAUGGUGUCAGGAAGGGCUUGUUUUGUUUUCUUCACUGUAGUCCGGAGCUCAUCCCGUUGCGGCAGUUGAUCUCUGUGAUGAAGAGUCCCACUUUUCUACCAAGCCAAUGUCUUAUAAACAUGAGGGUGUUUGGAUGGAAAGAAUGAGGGAGCAUCUGUCCGUUUGAAGUAUUUGCUCAGCAUCCCUCUGCUGGUUCCCAGGACAAAUUGAACGGCUCCCAAAGACGCCCUGGCUUUGGAGAUGGCACUUCAAACAUUUGUAUGUGACUCUUUGAAACCUCCAUAUCAAUCAUACCACACGGACAAAGUGUGGGACUGAGCACUGGCCCCCCCCUGUUUGAUUCGGAGGUUCAUUAAUUUUCACACCAGGUCUUCAAAGAGAAUAUGAUCUGAUGCCGAAAAAAAGGAGAGUCUCCGCCACUGUUGCGUAUUUUAAUUGCAGAUCAUUCGUAUUCAUCCAAUGUUUGGUUGGGUAAAGCUUUAACCUAUGAUGUUUUAAGUGUUUAACAAAACAGGCGGUUACCUGGGCUAAUUUGUUGACGUUAAACGAUGUUGUUUAGCUCUCCGUUCAAGAGCGAUUCGUUCCUUUUAUGGUUUACAUGUGUAAACAGUCCAAGAUGAAAUACUUCAGGCGUCAUGAAAAAGCCAUUGAAAAUGUUUAUUUACCGCUUGUUACCACAAAGUGAACUCCUGAUCACUUUCCAAACAGAAUUUGACGUCUUUGAAACCCUGCCUUUUGAAGUUUCUGAGCACACCGCUUGUUAUGUCUGAAUACGAAAUAGUUUUUAAAUGUUAGCCGGUAUGUUUGUUAAUAUGCAUUGAUCUUGUUUUGUUAAUUAUUUCUCGAAAAUAUACAGACUUGAGAAUGUAAUAAGUGUUCUCUUUACUUUAUAGACAAAAUAAGGGUGCCUAUUUUGUCUGUAAAAUAGCCAUUGAACGAAUGUCGGGAGGCAGCAUUAUACGAGUAUAACUUGUGCCAAUGAUUGCUGCCUUAUAUAUGUGGAUGAAGGAAGUUGUGUUUAUAUAUUGUGUGAUUCAGAGUAUGAUAUCUUAUAAAGAAGCUACCUGUACAGUUGGUUUUACAAAUCUGUUCUCAUAGGAAAUAAAUGAAUGAGAGUGAAA